CUUCCUCCUCCUCCUCCUCCUCCUCCUCUACUACACAUUAAAACAUAAAGACGCUCCUCUCGCAGCUCACUCCCUCAUCUACAGCCUCCAUCAGCGCUUCUGUUCCUCUCUCCUGUGUGAUUCAUCUUGCAAACUAGCCAUCAUGGUUUCCCAUAAGGAGUUUGUGGGUGCAGGAAAGCAGCCUGGGUUGCAGGUGUGGCGUAUCGAGAACAUGGACCUGAAGCCGGUUCCUAAGGCCCUGCAUGGCAGCUUCUACACCGGGGACGCCUACCUGCUGCUGUUCACCACCUCAGCCCCCUCAUACAACAUACAUAUGUGGUUGGGGGACGAGUGUUCCCAGGAUGAGAGUGGGGCGGCGGCCAUUUUUGCCACACAGCUGGAUGACUUCCUGGGUGGUGGGCCGGUGCAGUACAGGGAGGUGCAGAAUUGCGAAUCCAACACCCUCCUGGGUUACUUCAAGUCAGGAAUCAAGUACCAGAAAGGGGGCGUGGCCUCAGGUUUUCAGCAUGUGGUGACCAAUGACAUGAACGUGAAGCGCCUGUUGCACAUCAAGGGUCGGAGGGCCAUCAGAGCAACAGAGGUAGACAUGUCAUGGAGCAGCUUCAACAAGGGAGACUGCUUCAUUGUUGACUUGGGCAAGGAUGUCUAUCAGUGGUGUGGCAGCGAGUGUAACCGCUUUGAGAGGCUGAAGGCCUCUGAGGUUGCCAUUGGCAUCAGAGAUAAUGAGAGAAAUGGCAGAGCCAAACUGCACAUAGUGGAGGAGGGGGAUGAGCCGGCAGCAGUCGUAGAGGCUCUGGGGCCAAAGACCGCCAUUGCACCCAGUACUCCGGAUGAUGAGAAGGUGGACACGUCCAACCGAAAGAAGGGUGCCCUCUACAUGAUUUCUGAUGCAUCUGGCUCGAUGAAGGUGUCCGCCGUGGCUCCAUCCAGUCCCUUCAAACAGGCCAUGUUGUCUCCUGAGGAGUGCUACAUCCUGGACAACGGGGUGGACAAGAACAUCUUUGUUUGGAAAGGUCCCAAGGCAAACAUGUCAGAGCGUAAAGCAGCAAUGUCAGCAGGUCAGCAGUUCAUCAAAGACAAAGGCUACUCCAAUAAGACACAGAUCCAAGUUCUUCCUGCGGGAGCUGAGACGACUAUGUUCAAGCAGUUCUUCAGCGACUGGAGGGACAAAAACGAGACUACAGGCCCCAGCAAGGGCUACGCCAUUGGCCGCAUAGCCAAAGUGGAACAAGUGCCCUUUGAUGCCUCCAGCCUGCACUCUAACAAGGCCAUGGCAGCCCACCACGGCAUGGUGGAUGAUGGCAAAGGCAAAGUCCAGACUGGCUUUCAGAUUUGGCGCGUCGACAACGGUGAGAAGGUUCCUGUGGAUCCCUCCUCCUAUGGUCACUUCUAUGGUGGAGACUGUUACCUCAUCCUCUACAGCUACAGAGUGGGUGGCCGCGAGCAACACAUCAUAUACACCUGGCAGGGGCUGAAGUGCACACAGGAUGAGCUGGCAGCCUCAGCGUUCCUCACUGUGAAGCUUGAUGACUCAAUGGGAGGAGCCCCGGUUCAGGUGAGAGUGACUCAGGGCCAGGAGCCUCCACACCUGAUGAGCCUGUUCCAGGGCAAACCUAUGAUCAUCCACAGCGGAGGAACGUCACGCAAAGGUGGACAGUCGCAGGCCGCCAGCACUCGCCUCUUCCACAUCCGGCAGAGCUCUUCCCGGGCUACCCGGGCUGUGGAGGUCGAGGCCUCUGCUUCCAAUCUGAACACCAACGAUGUGUUUGUGCUGAAAUCCCCGAACGCCCUGUUUGUCUGGCGGGGUGUGGGUGCCAGUGAUGAGGAGAUGGAGGCUGCCAAGCAUGUGGUAGGCUACCUGGGUGGCACUGCCAGCCAGGUCUCAGAGGGCAAGGAGCCAGGUGAUUUCUGGUCUGCUCUUGGUGGCAAGAAGGAAUACCAGACCUCUAAGAGUCUGCAGAACGUAGUCAGUCCCCCACGUCUGUUCGGCUGCUCCAACAAAACUGGCAGACUUGUCGUUGAAGAAGUACCAGGAGACUUCACUCAGUCAGACCUUGCCACUGAUGAUGUCAUGCUCCUGGAUACCUGGGACCAGAUCUUCCUUUGGGUCGGUAACGAUGCUAAUGCAGAGGAAAGGACCGGAGCUCCCAAAAUAGCAAAAGAGUAUGUGGACUCAGACCCGUCUGGUCGCAGAGGACUGCCCAUCACCACCAUCAAACAGGGAGCAGAACCUCCAACUUUCACUGGCUGGUUCCAGGCUUGGGAUCCCAAGAUGUGGGAGACAGACCCACUGGACAGAAUCCGUGCACGUUUCUGAACACAGACCUCCAGGCUCUCUCUACCAAUCUGACUCGUUACCUGCCCAGCACUUCCUGUUGCCAUUUUGUCUUUUAUCUUAACUCCGAUUCCCUAAGUGCCAAAACCAAUGUUAUCACUGUUAUCAGGUUGAAUGGCUGCCUCAAUGCCUUGGUCACGGUGCAGUGCAUCGGACUUUGUUAAUAGGAACGCUUCACAUCGGUAGUCACAUGGCUUCCUGUAGCAACAUUAUCUCUAAUUGAUAGAAGUGGUUUAUUGAUCUGUUGCAUCCAAAAGCUUGUCGCCUUCACUCUUUAUCUAAGCCCCUCAUAUAAACAGGAUAUUGGGAAAGGAAGCCAUUUUAGACAGCUGGUUCCUCUCUUUCACUGCUUUCACUGUUCAGAAGACACCAUCAUGCGUUCCUCUCUGUCUGUCUUCAGUCUUUGUUUCAUAAUGAACAGUUUACCCCAUCACUAUGCCCUGUCUACAUGUGUUGUGUUUAAUCAUUGGUUGCGACAAUGUUGUACACUUACUAGAAGCUGCAUGCUGCUUUUUUUUAUUAUCAUAUUCUGUGCUUGUGAAUUUUAAAAGGCAUACAGCGGUAUGUACGUGUGUCACUCUUUAUUACUUGACCCUGAAAUGCUCACAUGGAUGGCUUUUAAAUAAAACUCCCAGUGUUUCAAACCUG